AUGGUUCAUAAUGUGUUCACCACCACUGACGAGGAUUUCGCCUUCUCUGCCUAUGACCCUUGCUGCCAUAGCGAGUAUUCCUCCCCGACAAUGAUGUCCCCAUGGAACCCAACUUCGCCCUUCAUGAAAUCUCCGUGGUCAAAUUUCAAUGAAACAGUACUGACUACAAACUUACCUCAAAAUGGCUUAAUCGGCUCGCUUGUUCGCAAAGAGGGCCAUAUAUAUUCCUUAUCUGUCAAGAAUGAAAUUCUCUACACUGGCUCAGACAGUAAAAACAUUCGUGUGUGGAAGAACAUGAAAGAAUUCGCUGCGUUCAAAUCUAACAGUGGCUUUGUCAAGGCAAUUAUUAUAUCGGGUGACAAGAUUUUCACUGGCCAUCAAGAUGGAAAAAUUCGAGUAUGGAAGAUUAGUUCCAAAAAUCCCAGCAAUCACAAACGUGUAGGGACUUUGCCCAUGUUCUUUGACAUUUUAAAAGCCUCCAUUAGGCCAAAAAAUUAUGUGGAAGUCAAGCGAAAAAGGACCACGCUAUGGAUAAAGCACGCUGAUGCAAUUUCUUGUAUGAGCAUAAAUCCAGAGGAAGAGUUUCUGUACUCUGGUUCAUGGGACAGGACGUUUAAGGUCUGGAGGGUUAACAACUCUAAGUGUGUUGAAUCUGUCAAGGCACAUGAUGAUGCUGUCAACUCGGUGGUUGCCACCCUUGACGGCGUGGUCUAUACCGGAUCAGCUGACGGGACGGUGAAGGUAUGGAAAAGAGAACAAAAUGGUAAAUAUAUUAGGCAUGUUUUGGAGCAAACACUCUUGAGUCAGGAAUGUGCCAUCACAGCAUUGGCGGUGAACAAGUCUGGUUUGGUUGUCUACAGUGGCUCAUCAGAUGGACUAGUGAAUUUCUGGGAACGCGAGAAGCAGUUGUCACACGGAGGAGUACUCAAGGGUCACAAACUGGCGGUUCUAUGCCUCGCCACGGCCGGGAAUCUAGUGGUCAGUGGCUCAGCUGAUAAAACCAUAUGCGUCUGGAGGAGGGUGGCCGCGGUUCACACUUUCCUGUCGGUGUUGAGUGGGCACACCGGACCUGUCAAGUGUCUCACGCUGGAGAAGGAUAAAGAAUCCUCAGGCGGCGAUCAGAACUGGAUGGUGUAUAGUGGGAGUCUCGAUAAAUCUGUCAAGGUGUGGAGCGUUUCAGAAAUGGCGCCCGGUGCACAGCAGAUGGCUAUGCCGCAACAUAUUCGAGGAGAUAUUAGCUGGGAAUCAAUACUAUCAGCAAAGUACUGA